CACAAGAGCUGCAGCUUUGGAGAUGCUGUCCCAGUCGUUUAGCCGUCACAAUUUUACCCUUGUUAAACUCGCUCAAAUCCUUACACUUGCCCAUUUCUCCUGCUUCUAACACGUCAACUUUGAGGACAAACUCUUUACUUGCUGCCUUAUAAAUAUACCCACCCACUAACAGUAUUAGUGGCCCUUUGUGUACGCCAGAGGAAACCCUGUGUCACAGGGGCCGCCAUCUUGGAAAGGCAGUCUCCCUCCUCCAGCACAGAGGACGCUGCAGAUCCGCUCGGAAAGCUCACGGCGUGAAAUCAACACCACAGCCCCCCUGAGCCACAAUGGCCACCGCACCGUACAACUACUCAUACAUUUUUAAAUACAUCAUCAUCGGGGACAUGGGGGUCGGGAAGUCAUGCUUGCUUCACCAGUUUACAGAAAAGAAAUUCAUGGCCGACUGCCCCCAUACAAUCGGCGUGGAGUUUGGAACGAGGAUUAUCGAAGUUAGCGGGCAGAAGAUCAAGCUGCAGAUCUGGGACACGGCAGGGCAAGAACGUUUCAGAGCUGUGACACGCAGCUACUAUCGGGGGGCUGCCGGAGCACUCAUGGUUUACGACAUCACCAGGAGAAGCACGUAUAACCACCUCAGUAGCUGGCUUACUGAUGCCAGGAACCUCACCAACCCCAAUACUGUGAUCAUUCUCAUAGGAAACAAAGCCGACCUGGAAGCCCAGCGAGAUGUGACGUAUGAAGAAGCCAAGCAGUUUGCUGAGGAGAACGGUUUGCUGUUCCUGGAAGCCAGCGCGAAAACAGGCGAGAAUGUGGAGGACGCUUUCCUAGAGGCUGCAAAGAAGAUUUACCAGAACAUUCAGGACGGCAGCCUGGACCUGAACGCGGCCGAAUCCGGUGUCCAACACAAGCCUUCUGCCCCUCAGGGUGGCCGGUUAACCAGCGAAUCACAGCCUCAGAGGGAAGGAUGCAGCUGCUAAUGACCAGCACUACGUACUCGACCUUCUCAUCCCCUUCCACCUGUCCUCCUACUCCUCUUCUUUCACCCACCCUCAUCCUUUCCCGACCUGCAGGGGGCGGUGUGAGCAGUGGGCCAGCAGACCAAGGCAACUUCACACAUGCUCAACAGUUUAUCCUCCCCCUCUCUCACGCACUCCAUUUAACCGGUUUGUCCCUUUUCUUCUGUCGUGCUCUGACUGACCAGGAGCAGACCUCAGCUGAUAUUCAGAGGCAUGACGGAAGCAUGACGUGUUCAUUCAGCGCUCUGCUGAAUCCUCAAAACCAUUAAAACGGAACAUGCGUCCGAUCCGAGGCAGCGUCGACCGUAAUACCGAUACUCCGAAUCAGCUUAACAGUGUAUAUUUUAUCACAGUGUGUUCAUUUUUGGGGAUGUUGGAAAGUCUCUUUCAAAAAAUGACACUUUACAAAAAGGCACUUCCUUUCAUGUCAUCAUUCAAAAGAUUCCUCUCUCUUUGUACUGGGCCUCAGUCCCCCGUUUCCCCCCAACCCUCCCUCCUUCGAACCAUGUCCAUUUAGUACUAGAACCAGCAUUUGAUUUGUUGCCUUACAGUCUUACGAUUAGCGUUAAUAUUAAAACCAUCACUGUCUAAUCUUAUUCUUUUCUCUGUCAGAAUUAAACAUGCCGUUUUACACA